CAUGUUUUCAAUAAUAACAUAAAAAGAAUGGCUUCUAAAAGAGUUCUUGGAGUAAUUUAUCGAGUGUUUACACCUAGGGUUGCGGUUAGGUUGUCUAUUUUGGGAACAGCUGUUGGUUGCACAAUUCUGCUUAGAGACUACUUCGGUGGCGCAGUUUGUAAAAGUGAAAAUCGUCUUGAUGGAAAGACUGUCAUCAUUACUGGUGCUAAUUGUGGAAUCGGGAAGGAAACAGCAAAAGAUCUGGCAAGAAGAGGUGGUCAUGUGAUUCUUGCCUGUAGAGAUGAGAAGAAAGCAGAAAAAGCCAGGAGGGAGAUCGUCAAUGAUACAGGAAACCAAGAUGUUGUAGUCAGGAAACUAGACCUGGCUUCACUCAAAUCAAUCAGGGAGUUUGCUCAACAGAUAAAUGCAGAGGAGUCGAGUUUGCAUGUACUUAUCAACAAUGCUGGUAUUAUGAGGUGUCCGUACUUGCAGACAGAAGAUGGCUUUGAAAUGCAGUUUGGAGUUAACCAUUUAGGUCAUUUCUAUCUUACAAAUCUCCUGCUGGAUAAGAUGAAAAGUUCCUCUCCUAGUCGAAUAAUUAAUGUGUCUUCACUAGCCCAUACUACUGGGGAUAUAGACUUUAAUAAUCUCAACAGCGAGUCGGAGUACAGGACCGCCGAUGCCUACUCGGAUAGCAAACUGGCUAAUGUACUCUUCACGCAUGAGCUCAGCAAAAGACUUCAAGGAACUGGAGUGACUGCCAACUCCCUCCAUCCGGGCGUAGUCAAGACCCAAAUUGGGCGAUUUACCGGGUUAUACCAAUCAGGGUUCUCUGCAUUCAUCCUUGGCCCCAUAUUCUGGUUAUGUGUCAAGACACCCAAGCAGGGUGCUCAGACCAGUGUCCACUGUGCAGUCGACAGCGAGCUGGAAAACGUAUCGGGCAAAUAUUUCAGUGACUGCGCUGAGAAAGCAUGUGGUCCCAAAGGCCUUGAUGAUGCAGUAGCCAAGAGAUUAUGGGAGGAAAGUGCCAGGCUAGUGGGACUCGAUCAAAAUGACAAAGAAGAUGAGAAACAAAUGCCGAGCUCAAGUACUACAGGAGAAAAUAGUCAACAACAAGAUAAGUCAUGAUAACGGCUUGUAUGGAGACUAAGUUACUGUCUGAACUCUGACA